UUUACAACGGCGUUGUGUUUUCCGAUUGGGGGCUUUGGAAUUUGCCUUGCAACGCAAGCAGUCGAAAAAUAAAUAUUUGCGAGAAAAUAAUAGAAUUUAAAAUAUUUAACAAUGGCUACCUUAAAUCUAUUAAAUUUAAAUGUUGAUACGCUGUUUGAGCAACACAGUGUUGGCGAGAUUGAUGCAAUACACAAGAAAAUCCAAGAGGUUGUUGAAAAUAAAAGGGAGGAGCUGAGGACCAUGGUUGGGGAACGUUACCGAGACUUGUUGAAAGCAGCCGAUACCAUUACCUCUAUGCAGGAUUCUACGAAAGCUCUGAUAGAACAAGUCGAUAGCAUAAGUGUGAAUUGUAAGAAUCUCAAUGAACAACAAUUGCUGGGCUUCAAGACAGAAUCGGAUAGUGCCGGUGAAUUGAAGACAAGGAAUGCCAAUAAACAAUUGAAUAACUAUUUCAGUACCAUGGUACAGAUUAAGUUGCUAACAGCAUUGCCUGAAAUGAUUUGGUCACAAAUCGAUCGCGAACAUUAUUAUGCAGCCACGGAGUUGUUUAUAUUUAGCCGACACAUUAGCACGGGCUUACAGUUGGAUUCGGGAAACCAAAUAAUGCAGAAAUUGCCGGUGGCCAAGAAACAGUGGGAAAUUUUAAAACCAUUUCACAUGACAAUAAAACAACAAAUUAUGGUUGCUUUGGAGCGGGAAAAUCUGGCACCAGAACUAACGGCCGAUUGUCUAUUGGCACUGCUGCAGUUGGAUCGUUGUUCAUUGGAAAGUGCUUUGAAGGUUUUUCUUAAUUUACGCUCCUCGGCUUUUCUUAAUUGCCUUACUGCAGAGGGGGGUAGAGUCAAGGAACGUAUACUUGUUAGCCUAAGGGUGCUCAAUGAAAGUGUGGAUAUGGUCUCCAAAUGUUUUAUGGAGAAUGGUUUAUUAUUUAAGAAACUAAAUGAACAUUCGGAUCCGAGUGCUCCUCCUACCAUAGCCCGCAUGGACAGCGAUGAUGUCCAGUUCGCUUAUUUGUUGCCAGACAUCAUUACAAAUUUUAAACCCAAAUUUGAAACAAUAACCUUAAAAAAUGAAGCAGUUGCUCAAGCUGUGGAAACUUUUCUUGCCGAUACACAACGCAUAGCCGAUAAACAGUUGAAAGGACUCUUUGAUUUUGUAUUGAAUAUGAACACAAUACAAGAAAUCAAAACCGAAGCGAACGCAUUACGAAAGCAAUUGAAUUUAUCUGCCCUAGCCAAGCAAUAUAACCUAACACAUUCCCUGGACUUUUAUGAGUUACGUUAUGUACCAUUGAUUAAUCAGCGUAUACGUAAUAUCAUUAAUGAUAGUUGGACCAAAACUGUGAAUACAAUAUUUAACACACUUGAAAAAACGAUACAACAAGAGGGAUUGCUAAACAAAACAAACUAUAAUCUCUGGCAAGAGUUCAGCUCAGAUUUACCAAAUAGUUUAGAUCAAGCUCUGUCCGAUGAUAAGAAAACCAAGAAAUUAUUAAUGAAAUCGAAAGGAUAUGACGAUCAUAUUCUACAAAUGGCAACCCAAUUUGAUGGCGAUCUUUCGUCAAUUAUCCAGGAAAUGAAUGUUUUAUUGGAGGAGCCCACAACAAAGAAAGAAGAUAAACAGGAAUUGGUUGAUUUCCUGAGAGAUACGGCUCAACGGCAAAUUACCGAAUUUAUUACAAAAACAAAGGAGCUGAGAUUGAACUCCGCUCAACGGGAGGCGUUGCUAUUUGUCAUACGUUGUUGUUGUUCCCUAAUUGAGCUUUGCCCUCAUUUAAAGAAAUGUUUUUGCCAUUCAAGCUCUUGGCGUCAACAAUUGGGAGGAGGGGGAACAACUUCCACGAUCUCGGGAGCAUCACAAGAUUAUUGGCAAAGGAUUUGUGGUUUAAUCGAAGACGAAGUAUUCCAGUUGUGGCUAUGUCUUGUUCGCGGUAUACUGGAAGAAUAUCACUGUGAUCGUUAUUUAAUGGACGUCAACUCCAAUAUUGUUAUCCUGGAAGAUUUUGCGCAUUGGGAAAUUAUUACCUUGGAGCAAAAAGAUGAACAGGAUAUGCCCACCCAGACAUCAUUCCGUGUGCCGACACAACCACGUAUAUCCUUGCAAUCGUAUUUCCACACACUGAUUACUGCAUUGAAGAAGAUUGUGCCUGAAACUUUACCCAACAAAGUGCUGCUAACAUUAAAGAAAAUGCUAUUGGAGCAGCUGCUACAGCAUUAUAAAAAUCUUAUUGAAAAGUCAAAUAAUAGCACGACUGCAAUGGGGCAGAAUAUUGCAUUGCAAUUAUAUUUCGAUUUGAAAUUUCUGCAAAAUUCCUUUGAUUUAAAUCGCGAACAAAAGAAUCAAUUCUCAUCGAUACAAGAUGCCUAUAGAGAUGUAAUUGAUCCUUUUGAUUUUGAACUAUUAUCCACACAAUUGAUGGCAAAUGUAAAGAGGGCUGUUACACGUUACAAUUGUAUACUGGGUGUAUUAACAACGACGACCACGACAAAUGCAAGCAAUAUUUCUGGUACUUCGGCUGUUGUACCAGAAAAGGAUCCAAAUGUUUUGAGUUUGUGUUCGAGUGGAGCCACAACAUUGUGGUUCCCCCUACUGCCUGUGGUUACAAAUACCCAUGUUACAACUGCUGUGGAAAACAAAAAGGCCGUCUUGAUGAGUUCAGAAAGUGAAAAGACCACACCAACACGAAAGGCCACUACCACAUCAUCUGCAACAAGAAAAAGUGAUACAAAAAGCAAAUCUGGAGCAGCAUCCUUCUUUGGCGCCAUGUCACAGGAAUGGUUCCGAUAGUAAUCAAAGGACAAUGUUAUUCUUUCAAAGAACGCUUUAGCAUUUUGUAAUAGAAUUAGUAGCUAUUUUAUUAUACACAACAAGUAUUCAAAGAAUAUAGAUAUAAUUAUAUAAUACCGA